CACACAAGCAACAAGAGAAACUCCUCCGCAUGCGAAAAAAAAGUAUCAUCAGCACGCGGGGAGGUAAAAUAAUAGCCUAAUAGUGCAUAGUUCCCGAUUGGCCGCUGUUUGUUGCUCGUGUACUGAAUUUCCGGAACUACUGUAGUUGGAAGAGCGAAGUGAAAUAAAAGUGUUUUCCCCCGUGUGCGACAGAAGGUGUUUUGAUGUGUUUUUGUUUUCACUACACCAUUCCUCCGCGACUAACGACUGGAGCAGCUUCUGCGUACGCGAAGAGUACGUGGAACAUCCGCGCAAGGCGAACGCAUCAAGAGUAGAAGCAGCAGCAGCAGCAGUAGGGUACACAAUCACACAAAUCGCCAGUCUCCUCUGCUGAUAGAAUCCGGCACGUAUUACCGUAAUCAGCGUAUGCAAUACAACUGCUAUACAGGCCAGUUCUUCAAAGACUUGUAUUGUGAUUGCCGCCGGCAAUUCGAAUCAGAAGGACACACCGCGGAAUAGCUGCGUAUCCAUCGCUUCUUCACAUCCCUCCCCCCCCCCAGCAUCACAAUGCCGCUGUUCGGAAAAAAAGAUUCGGGCAAGAAAAUACGCAAGGACGUGAAGGAUGGAUGCGAAAAGUUGCCCAGCAUCGAUGACAAGUACGUCAUCAAGGAGCUGCUCGGGACCGGUGCGUUCUCGGAGGUGCGGCUGUGCGAGCACAAAGAAACGGCCCAGCAGUAUGCCGUGAAGAUUAUCGACAAGAAAGCGCUCAAGGGUAAGGAAGAUUCGCUGGAGAAUGAGAUCCGUGUGCUGAAGCGGUUCAGUGCCCGGAGAAGCGAUGGGAGCGGUGUACAGAGUACGGGGCCACCGAUCGGUGGUCCCCGGUUUGCGCACCCAAACAUCGUGCAGCUGCUGGAAACGUUCGAGGAUAAAUCGAAGGUGUAUCUGAUCAUGGAGCUGGUGACGGGCGGUGAACUGUUCGAUCGUAUUGUGGAAAAGGGUUCGUACACCGAGCGGGACGCGUCAAACCUGAUCCGGCAGGUGCUGGAAGCGGUGGACUAUAUGCACGAGCAGGGCGUCGUGCAUCGGGACCUUAAGCCGGAAAAUCUGCUCUACUACAGCCCGGCGGAAGACAGCAAGAUCAUGAUCAGUGAUUUCGGGUUGUCGAAGAUGGAGGAUUCCGGGUUUAUGGCGACGGCGUGCGGCACCCCUGGGUAUGUGGCACCCGAAGUACUCGCCCAGAAACCGUACGGCAAGGCAGUAGAUGUGUGGAGCAUAGGCGUCAUCUCGUACAUACUGUUGUGCGGGUACCCACCGUUCUACGACGAGAACGAUGCCAACCUGUUCGCCCAGAUUUUGAAGGGCGAGUUCGAGUUUGAUUCACCGUACUGGGACGAAAUUAGUGAUUCGGCGAAAGAUUUCAUCCGCAACCUAAUGUGCGUGAAUGUGGAGAGGCGGUUCACGUGCAAGCAGGCGCUCGCCCAUCCGUGGAUAUCGGGCAAUGCGGCAAGCAGCAAGAAUAUCCACGGUACCGUGUCCGAGCAGCUGAAGAAGAACUUUGCCAAAUCGCGCUGGAAGCAGGCCUACCAUGCGGCAACCGUUAUACGGCAGAUGCAACGAAUGGCGCUAAGCAGUGGAGGCAGCGGUACGGGUAGUGGUGGUGGUGCGUACGGCCGCAGCUCGUCGCGGAUAAGCAAUGCACCGGUGGACGCUACUAAUCCGGGUGCGGCCGAUGAACGACCAGCCGGACAGGCGGACACUACUGCAUCGAGCAGUAAGUAAUAGUCGGUCGACCGUCGAUCCGCAUCUACUAGCUUAAAUUGGAAGCGAAACGCGAACCUAGUAGCUAAUAGUAGUAAUGGCAAGAUGGAUGUGAUUAUGCAGAGCCCCGUUGUUGUUGUUCGCCUAAUGCAAUGUUUGCUUUCCAUUUACUUGAUGCUCCUUUUAAUUAUGUGUAACAUUGUAGGGGAGGUUAUCGUAUGGUUAGGUGGUCAAUCGUAUAUUAACAACUUUGCUUCAAAUUUUGUCCACUUUCUAUCAGUGUGUGUCUCUAGUUGUUUCGUUUUUUUGCAUUAUAUCGAGCACAGACAUGAUGUUUUUUUAAAUGUAUGACAGUGUAACAUUACAAAGUAAGGGGGAAAAGUUAAUAGAUUUGGCACACGGUGACAUAGCAGGAGUAUUUUUUGCAUUUUGUAAUGAUAGGACGGUAGCUUAACGAAAGCACGAUAUGUUGUAAACCGUGUAGGCUCAAUAUUGCUACGUCUCGUUAAAAGGUCUUGGCCAAACAUCCACCGACAACUGAGAGGACUGUGGUAUAUCUGUACAUCAGCACCGUAAUAUCCUACCGACGCGCAUGUUUAUCUAUAAUCGGGGAAUAGCACAGGAUACGGUGCGAAAUGAGCUUUGCCGAACACAUCACGAAACAAAAAUUGCUGCACCGGCAAUGAAAAUGUUGACGUUUAUUGUUGUACCAAAUUAUAUUGAAUGUUAAAUUUAAUAUAAUCCACCAAUAAUGGGACGCGUUGUACUGAAAGAUUAGUACAGCGUUUUCUGCGUUCUAUACCGCCCUGAACAUUCCAGCACGCGUUGCUUUAUGUGGUUUUGAUUUUUGUUAUUGAAACAUGUAUUAAAAAUGUUAACUUUUUCUAAUAACUAACAUGAUUCGUGGACAUCAGAAUAUUGGCCAGAAGUACUUGAAUGUCUGUUCGUUUUUUUCCUCAUACAAACAUUAAACAACGAGCCAACCCUUACUUACUUAAGUCGGUUAAACUUGCGUGCUAGGGCAUUUUUGUGCAAAUUACUUAUCCAAUGCUACUUAAACAUUCUUACGCUCCCAAUAGGGAUAGAUUAGAUUUUCUCCCACUAAGUCGCUGCGCGUUAUGUAGAUGGAAAUAGUUGGUUUAAUCGAAAUUAAAAUUAAAGUGAGGUUUUUUUUAACAACUACUAGGAAACAUGAGAUAUGCAUGGGUAUCCAUGUGUUGACAUUGAAUCCGUUCCUUUUCUAAUAAUAAAUCUGUUGAUCGUUUGUUCUUUCCAUUAACGAUAAUAUGCAAAUUAGCUGGAGCGAUAUGGUACGACAUAGUGACACCAGUUUGGAUUAAAAUUACGAAAUUUUACCUUCUAUUCCGUGCUUGUGAGUGCGAGAAUUCUGUAGGUAGAUUUGGUACAUUCUCCGCAUGACUAACUAACGAGGAUACUUCGGUGUGCUCCGUCAGAAAUUUGCAUUCAUUCCCAGACAUUUGUGUCUAUCUUGAUGGUUCGAUUAGCGGGACAGCCUCUAAGGAUCCUUUUGAAUCUUUCCCUUCUAUUGCCACUAUUUCGCUAAUAACACUAGGGAAUGAGUUUUGUAGCCUUUUGCUCUCUUUGAAUUAAAAAAGAACAAAUUGAAUAGAUGACGUUAAAAAAUCAGUUUGACGCUGGAGGAGGGCAGUUUGUGUGAGUGUGUUUUGUUCGCCCUUUAUUUUGAUUGAAGGCGAUAAUCAUUUUAGCAGCACGAUUAUUGCUUCUAACCUAACGCGAAGCAGCGUGCUUUCUGUGGCGAUCAGUCAGUUAUAACCCUCAAAAAACAAUACGUGAAAGAUUGUAUGUGUUUGUUCUAAACAAGCAACUAAAACACAACUCAUUAGCAGUGCCGUCGUGUUGCCAAUUUUGAGUGUAAUGAUUAAAACUAACAUCAAGCUUUUCGAAGUAGUCGAAGGUAGUAGCCAAACAAAGCAUAGCAGCAAAAGAAGCUUUACGGGCCGGGCAGCGUAUAUGUACAAGUAAUUACGAAUCUACCCCGUUUUACAAGACGCAUGAACAUACGGUAUAAUCGGAGUUUUAAUCAGUCCGCUUACAACAUAAUGUACUAUUUAAGGCCCCGGUCGUGUCAACAAGGCAAUGAAAAGAAAACAAAAAAUCCAGCAAAAGUAGUGUAAUUUGCUAAUGAAACGGAUCAGUAGAUACUUUGAAUCUCUUCAGUGCUGCUACAGGUAGCAAUGCGACUGUGCGCUCUAAUCGUAUAGACGAACGAGGCACCUGUACACUGAAUAACGAAUCAUAUCAUGCACAUGACGUAACGAUAAAUUCUCUCUUGUACUUUGAUUUUUGUUUUUGUACAUUUACACUCCUUCUUCUGCGCCGUGUGUGAUCUUAUCCUAUGUACUACCUGUGUUCUUUUUUUUUUUGGUUAGUUUAUGUCCUUUCCCUGAAGAACGGCCAAAGGGGAGGUGGUUGUCACUGCGAGUGGGGAUGUUCAAUUGAACAGUUUGGCCCCUUACUGUGCAUGGAUAACGAUCGCCAAAUUCAUGUUGCAUGAGCCUAGAAACACACCCAGAGCACACGGUGGUGUUGCUUGUUAUUAGUCUUAAAAUGGGUAACCUAAACGAAGGAAAUACGACUAAAGGAAGCUUAACUGCUUUACAGGAUUUUAUUUACAGUACAGUACAGCGCGAGACCUGCACCUGCAGUGGCAAAAGCAGACAUAAAUAAACAACUGUUCGCAUAAUAUCUUAAGUUCCGACCAUACACUACAACACACACCUCAAUGUUUGUUAAACGGUAAAGUUAUUGCUGCAUUCUCUUGCAAAUAUUAUUCACUAAUCGUCGCCUUUUGAGCAUGAAGAGUUUUGGUGCGGAGCAAUGCAAAAGCAAAACAAUUAAGGGCAAAGUGCGAGUUGGUGAAAGAUUAUACAGGCGGUCGGAAAUCACAAAUCAAACACUACCUACUCUUGCUGAUGAAAGUUAAAGUAAAGAGACAGUAAACGCAUUCGCAAUAAUUGUUGUACUAAUUUGUUUUUAGUACAGCACUUAGUGGACGAUGCCUGCAAGGGUGAACUUGAAGUGGCCACCAAAACAUACUGCCGCUAACUCUGUACUUAACACAGCGCUUUGGUGGCAAAAGGUGGUGAGAGGAUGUGUUUGUAAAAUUUGGUAAAGGUUAAGAAGCAACAACUUUGUACAGUGGUGAAGAGGAGUAGCAACUUGUGGACAAGUAAAAUCAGAAAGACUUAAGGGCGAAAAGGAUAGAGCUUUUUAUAUACAAUUUUAUUUUCCACGUGUUUGCGAGUCGUGUAAAGAGACGCUGGUAAAGAACUUUUCAGAUCGGUUGCCAUGUAUGGAAGGCAACAUUACUACUACCACUACUACUACUACUAACAUUCCAUUUCUGCUGUACUAAAACAACAAGACUCGACGAACGCAAAAGCCACUUAGCACACUUAACGUUAUUAGUACGGUUACGCUUGGCGCGCACUUCCGCUACAGAGGAUGCGGCACAAUUCUGUCCUCUCCAUUCCGAAUGCGGCCCCGUGUUUAAUUGUGACAGGGAAAAUGAUUUCACCGUAAAGGGCGUAUCUAUUUCCUUAAACGUGGCUCAGUUUUCAUCUCUUUCUGCGUGAUCUUUUCUUUGAGUGAUUGCGAUUAAGCAUUAAGUUCCUACAAACGCGGGGUACGAAUCCCGCAUGGGUUUCCGUUUGUUCAGCUACGACUUUAAUAAUGUUCCCGGUGCGGACUUUGGUCGCGGUACGUCCGCUUCCUAAACUGCGACUGAUAAAGAAACUGCAUGGAUGAACCACACAUAGUCACAACUGGUGCCACCGGGUCACGGGAUUGGUGACCUUUUUAAAAACGCGAGAGUACUUAGGGCAAAGUGGCAUUGCUAAACGCAAAGAAAUGGGGAAGAGACAAAAAAAAACACAAAAAUACGGUACAAACAAAUAAAACAAAUAAAUAUCGCAAACAAACAAAGAAACAAAAAACAAGAAUAACGCAACGCAAAGCAAAAUCACCACAAAACCACACACGCGUAAAGUGAAUCUCUCUUUAAAUAAUCUCUCGAUGGUGUUCGCCGCGAUCCAGGGGUGUCGGCCGUAGCGCAAUGAAAUAUUUUAGAACAUUUCUAACUUAGAUUCGGUUUAUUCGAUAUGUAUGUAUGUGUGUGUGUGGUGUGUGUGUAUGUAAAAAAUGUAUGUGCGUAAAUACAUGCCCGAUAGCCUGAAGAGAGGAGGGACGCGCGUUGUUUGCUUUUAGCACACAAUUGGUAACCGAAAGCAACAUUAAACCCGCGGAGGGGGGGGGAAAGAAAUAAAAUAAAUCAUAACAUAAUAAUAAUAAAACGAUCCGUCGUCUUACGUCAUCCAUCGUCCAAACAAUGCGAGUAGUUGUUGAUUUGUUAAAAUGUCGGUACUGUGAGCAAGACAAAAGAAAAGGGCAAAAACUAUUGCAAAACAAUAUAUAAAUAUAACAAACAAAAAAAAAUGCUAGUAAAUACAGAAAACACUGUAAAGUGGUGGAAAGGAGAUAAACAAAGUGUAUAAGUUGACAUUCAAAAACAAAACAAAAAACACAACCAGUAAACAUAGUUGAAAAGCAACCAGCGUUGAUGUUGUAAGGGGCAGUAU